AUGAUUAUGGCAAACCCUGAAUUCCCAAAAAUUCGCGCCUGUCUCUUUGACAUGGACGGACUUCUCAUCGAUACCGAGGAUAUCUAUACGAAAUGCAACAACGUAAUCCUGCAUGAGCACGGCAAGCCUUCUCUUCCCUGGAAAAUCAAGGCCCAAUUGCAAGGCCGCCCUGGUCCCGACGCGGCCGAAAUCUUCCAUGCCUGGGCCCAGCUGCCUAUCGCCCGCUCCACCUUCACCGCUAAGCAGGCCAAACUGCAGGCCCAAUUCUUCCCCACAACGCAACCGCUCCCUGGCGUUCCACUCUUGCUGAAAACGCUCAAGAACUCGAAUACUCACCUCGCGCUCGCCACUUCCUCGCACGCCAUCAAUUACCGCUUGAAGUCAACGCACUUGCCUCACCUCUUCAGCGCAUUCCCACCCUCGCGCCGUGUCCUCGGCGAUGAUUCUAGGAUACCCAAAGGCAGGGGCAAGCCCGCACCGGACAUCUACCUCUUGGCAUUGGAGUGUAUCAACAAAGAAUUGAGAGCCAAAGGAGAGCCCAUUGUCUACCCUGAGGAAUGCCUAGUCUUCGAGGAUAGUGUGCCCGGGGUCGAGGCAGGGAGAAGGGCGGGAAUGAGAGUGGUUUGGUGUCCUCAUCCGAUGUUGUUGAAGGAGUAUCUGGGGAGGGAGAGGGAGGUGCUCGCUGGGGUUGCGAAUGGCACCGACCGGGAGGUUGACGAUGCUCUGCACGAGGCUGGCAUGCAUGGCACUGGCACGAAAGGGAGGACUAACGGCUACCACUCCCGAAUGGAUGAUGGAUGGGCUGAGAUGGUGACGACGUUGGAAGGGUUUGACUACGGAAGAUACGGGAUUCAGAUCUGA